UUGGGAAGCUCUGGCUGGCCGGGGAAGCAUUACUCACCGUGAGGUGGCCUGUCGCUUCUUUAGAUCAUCUGAUAGCAGGCUUUGAAGUCUAGCAGCCUUAGAGAAACCAAGCCGCUGUGAUUUUCUCUUUUUUAAGUAGUAAAACUAGCCCUAGCUAGUCAGACUGGGAAUCUACUAACUACCUGAGCUGUUUUCCAACACGCGAUUUUCUGGCAAAACCAGAUCUGAGUGUUUCCUCGGCUUUCAGGCAGUCUGUUUCUACUGAUUUUAUUUUCAAUAGCAGCUUUCCAGGGGAAGGAGGGAAACUGCUCUCCGCAUAAGUCCUCAGGCUCCCGCCCCGCCGUCCCUGGUGGCGUACCGUGUGUCAGCCUGCCUGUCGGUGCGUACGUGCGUGGCCACGACUGUGUGCGUGCUUUUCCAAACGCCAACCGCCCGGCCGCGACGUGAUUGGCGAGUCCUGACCCCUCGUUUGUAAUAACAGAUGGAUUCUCAACUGCAAUUGGGAAAUGAGACCUUGAGUGAAGACGCGAAAAGGCACGUUCCGGGCCGGCUCGCGCAGUUGCAGAGAAACUUCGUCCAGACGGUAGCGUUGCUGCGGAAGAUGCCCGCGCGGGUCCUCCACUGCAGGAAACCCCGGGCAGCUGCUGCCCUGCUCGGCAUCGACCGAGAGGCCGCGAAGUCCCUCACGGAGGAGGAUGCAGAGGACUUCCUGCUAAGCAAAGUGGACUUGAGGCGCCAGCAGAUUUCCCAGACUGUGGACGAGGUUCAGAAAGUUAUCGACCAGCUGACCACAGAAAUCAGCCGUCAAGACGUAAGAUUUCAAGCUGUGCCGUAUUCUGACACGUACAAUGAGAACAUUAAGGUUUUGGCCCCCACUCAGCUCCUCAUCACAGUGCCAGUGAGGGGUGUGGCUGGCUACAGGGAAGCCAGGGAGCAGCCCUGGCGGUACUACAACCUGAAGGGCGCCCGGCUCUCCUGCCCCUUGCGGGCCCCCGAGGGCCUCCAGCAGUGGCUGUGCGUGGAGCAGUUCAUGAAGAACACCUGGCAGUGGCACCAGGCUGACGUGAACAUCGAGGGGGACAUUGUGCCCGGCAAGGUCCUCCAGGUAUUCCGGCAGCUGGUGGAAAAAGCGAUUACAACCUGUCACCUCUCAGGCAAAGUCAGCAUGCUGGCAAACAGCCCUGCAGUCUGGGUGGCCGUGGAAACCUCCACCUGUCAAGUGGAAAUCGAGCUGGCCCCCACAGUCGAGAUCCCCACUGCCUGGCCGGAGAAAGCCCAGUGGCCUCGGUGUCUGAAGCGCUGGCCUUCCCCAGAGCAAGUGGAGUGCAUCAAGUCCUUUGGCUUCAACUUGCUGGCCCGCUCGAGCUAUCACUGGGAGCUGAGCUUCUCCCAGGCCGAGCAGAUGCUGCUGGAACAGCUGGAUGAGGACGGGGGCUGCCGCAGGCAGUGCCUCCGCGCCCUGAGGCAGCGGCUGGAGGACGUGUGGUGUCCCGGGAGGAGGCCGGUCAUCACCUCCCACCAUCUGCAGACGGUGCUCUUCUGGACUUGUGAGAAGUACCCGCACUCCAAGGACUGGCGGGAGUUCCAGAGCGCCUUCCAGCGCCUGCUGCGGAAGCUGCACAAGUGUGUGAGCCAGCAUUUCCUCAAGCACUACUUUGUCCCCAGGAGCAACCUGCUUCAGUCCGCCAGCUCCAGCGAACUGGACUCCCUGGCCCUGAAGCUGGCCUUCUUCCUCAAGAACCCCCAGAUCAGCCUGCCCUGAGGCUGGCGCUGCCGAGGCGUCCCUGACCAUCUUACUGUGACGUGACCUUGUUCUCUCAGGAUGGUCUCUCCAGCAGGACCUACCCUAGCGGGGGGCAGUCUGUCCUAGCAGGAGAGGCACAGCCCAUGGCAGAGGGGCCCGUGUCAACCUGGUGACACUGCACUGCAGAGGAAGCUGCCCAAGCAAUGAGCCAGGCUCCGUGGAAGCCAAGGCAGUGCUCCCGACCCACACUAUGGUCUGUGGGGGCAGCACUCACCAAGCUUCCCGCACCACGGGUCCUGAGCUGACGCCACCGUGAUGUUCGGUUUCCCCCUCUCAGGCGCAGACUGAGAUCCUAAAAGACCAGAAAGUAGCGUGCUUCCCAGGCACGGUCCCUAGCUGGGGAGCCAGGCUCCUUACCUUUCCUUUUGUGAAGUGGAGGAAUUAAUGUGUGUCCUCCGCAGGGCAGGAUGGCCUCUGUAAGAAGAGACCCAGGAGCGACAGGAAGCCCUUGAGCUGACCUAGUAGCUGGGGCUUGCGGCUACUGCACCAGGACUAUGCCCAGGUGCAAUGGUAGCCGCUGAUGGCCUGGCACACUUGUGCUGCCUGGGGGCCCUCCGGCUGUCCUGAGCAGAGGCCGGGGCUCCAUGGCUCUUCUGCUUCUCUCAGCAUGGAGGGGGUGAUGGUGGUGGCAGUGCAGGCACACAGUGCACGUGCAGCUCUGGCUGCUACCAGCCGCAGCCCUCCCUGUUCCCAAGCCAUGGGUCGCAGGAUAGGACUUCCUGCUGUCUGUGGGAUGAGCGGCAUAUUUUGAUUUUGCAUAGAUUUUCUUUGGUGCCGUUGGCUUCUCAAUACAUUUCUGUGGUCAUUCAUUCAUUUUUUUAAAAAUGUAUUUGUUACAGGGUCU